UAAGUCAUAAUUUCGACUUUCUAUUCCUUCUGUGUGUGUGGCGGAAAUGGGCUUCCAUAGCCAUCUCAUUCACCCUAAAUGGGACACAAAUGCCGUAAAACUAAUAAUACGAUAAAAGAGAAUACCUGUCCCAGGAAAUAUCUGUGCAGAACCAAGAUGAUUUUUCGUGUUUUGAGUUCCUAUUGUGAUUGGUUAUUGCAGUGCAAAGGGCAACGUUCCAAGUGACAGAAAAAGCGGGGUUGUAUUUCAAAGAAAUAAAAUGUGACUGUUUUAAAUAUUUUAAGUAAAAUCUCAAAUGUAAUAUAUUUUUUGAUUGUAUACGCACAGAGUUUUAUAUGUACGGUUUCAUGUCUUCACCUCCUCCUUUUUUCGCAUAAAGGUAAAAUGAAGGCCUCAAAUCAUGCCAUGUGUAAGUCAACUAAAUGAAAUUCAAAAUACUGAGAAUGAAAUGAUACAGUGUGAUGGAGGAGCUGAAAGGAGGCCUGGGGGUAAUUGUAAAAUGUGGCAGUAGGAGGAGAAGGAGGAGGAGGAGGAGUGAAGAGUUAUCUGGGGCCCUGCCACAUUGGCCCGUAAGGUGUUCACUGUGAAGGAACCUGGAACUGACCGGUCUCCACUGCACUCUUCCUCUGGCUACAAUGCAACUGUUACAGCAAACGCAGGAUGCAACAAACGAAAGAAAGUUCAUGAAAUCUCAGAUGGAGAAACGUCGAAGGGAGAGGAUGAACCACAGUCUGCAGCGUCUGAGGACAAUGUUGCUUCAAGAGCCACAACAACUGAUUCCAUUUACUCAGACGGGUGUUUCCACGCAGGGGACACAGCACAGAGUGGAGAAAGCAGAGAUACUCGAGCACGCGGUCCUCUUCCUGCAGAAGAAAACGAGGACUUCUCCUGCUUCUUCUUUUCCCGAUGACGGCGAUGAGGGCCGAGGCCAGAAGCACUGCUUCCGAGACGCAUUCUCCAGCUGCCUGCGGACGGCCGCCCGGUUCCUGGACCCCGACGGGAAAGGCCCGCGGCUCAGAGGCGCGCUCGACGCGUCUGUUGCCGCCCGCUUCUGCAGCUCAGACCCCGCUGCAGGUGUUCGAAGGAGACCCGAGGAAGCGCGCUGGUCUUCCGGCUCUCUGUCGCACACAAAGUCCAUCCUGCGGACGCUGAGGGGAAGGUCCGGGGACAACCCGCGCGCGCCACGCACCGGCGCCUCUGAGCCGUGCGGAGGUCCGAUCCGGAACGGGUCCCCCGGGUUCCCCGUGCCCCCCCCUAAAUCCUCAGACACAGAAUCCCCUUCAAGUGAGACGAGCGAGCAAACAGAGCCCGACCACACGUUGUGGAGGCCGUGGCCCUGAUCACCGGGCCGUGACCCAAACGACACGUGAUGACUCCGGCAGCUCGCUGGAACCGAAGGCCCCGGGACUAUAACGCGUAACGUUGAUGUUCAACCGCAACCUCAAAUCCUGUAGAUACUGUAAUAAUUUAUGUAUAUAUGAUAAUGUAUGUGUGAUACUUUAUCCUGCUUCCGGCACAGUGACUCCCCCCUGAAGCUGUGGGCACACGCGUGAGCUGGAUCACGUGGUCCAGGUGGGACCUGCUGCUGUGCUCAGCUGAUUCCCCCGUGUGCCAUGAUGUUUGCUAUUCAACGUGUAUUCCCUUUAAAAAAAAAAUAUAUAUAU